GGCCAUCUCUCUGGAUCCUCCCCUUCCUACCCCUUCUGAAUUCUAGCCCAGCUGGAGACCUGUGGUUGAUUCUUCUAUAGGUUGGAAGCCACGGAGCCGGAACUUUACUGUCUCCCCCCCUCUCUGCAGCUGCGGCUGGCUCCUUUUCCUAUAGUACAUACCUAAGGGUCCUUGUAGGUGGCAGGACACUUAAAGGUAGUUGGUGAUAGUUCAUUGUGUGCUGUUGCAAUGCUUUAAGCACUUCGCAUGGUACUGGGUUGCUCCCAGCAGCCCUCUGAACUAGAUACUACUUUAAUUCUUAUUUUAUGGAAACUGAGGCACAGUGUCAAUUGUGAGGUCUUUGUUUUCUUUUGGUAUAUAUAUAUAUAUUUAUUUAUUUAUUGGAGUCAGGGUCUCUUUACGUGGUUCAGGCUAGCUUUCAACUCGCUUACAUAGUCCAGGCUGGCCUCAAACUCGGGGAUCUUCUUGCCUCAACCUUCUGAGUGCUGGGAUUACAGGCGGGAAAGGAGAAGUUCCAUAAAUCCCAACAUUGGGGCUUUUGCAACAAUGUUAGAAUGCUGGUGAGUGAAGAGAAGCCUGGAAUAGGUGGAGAACCUCUUCUUGGGCAACAAGUGAAGAGUAAAUACAGCACAUAUCCGAAAGGAGAAGGAAAUGAUGGACCCUCUUGGGUGGUGUUUGAUAGACAGGUAUUAUGCUUUGAUGCCUAUUUGGAAGAUGAACUGCUUGAUAAAAGCCAAGAAAUAUAUAGAAUAAGAUACUAUAAAAUCUACUUCUAUCCGGAAGAUGACACAAUUGAAGUAAAUGAACCAGAAGUGAAAAACAGCGGACUGCCUCAAGGUACUUUCAUUCGGCGUCAUCGAAUUGCUCUCCCCGCUCCUAAUGAUGAUCAGUUUUAUACCGUGUAUGAUUUCAAUAUCAACAUUGACAUCAUCUUCUAUGGCCGAACAUUCAAGAUUUAUGAUUGCGAUAAAUUCACAAAAAACUUUUUGAGAAAAAUAGGAGUCAAGUUAAAUCCCCCAGGACAACGUCCAGAAGAUCCCUAUUUGAAAAUGCGGAAAGAGACAUUGGACCACGUGGAGCCCCUUCGACCCUAUGAAUCCUUUGACACUUUGAAACAGUUCUUGGAAUAUGAUGGGAAAGUUUUACGUUUCUUCUGCGUGUGGGAUGACUCAGCCUCAUUGUUUGGAGAACGUAGAGAACUCGUCCUACAUUACUUCUUAUCUGAUGAUACCAUUGAAAUCAAAGAAAUAUUGCCAGAGAACUCAGGCCGGGAUACUAGGUCAUUUUUCCUCCGGAGGAGUAAAUUACCCAAGUAUGGCCCACCUGGAGUCUAUCAACCGGGCCAGAUAACGAAUUAUUCAGUUCUCAAUGUGUUUGGUGGCUUGUCCAACCAGCAGAAGUAUGGCUUCAUGAUGGAUAAGCACAAGCUGGGAAAAAUACACCAAGAAUUUUACAAAGAUAGUGACCUGUUUUUAGGAGCCACCAUCAAUGUGUGGGGAAGGAAAGUGCUCCUCUGUGACUGUGAUGAAUUUACAAAGUCUUAUUAUAAGACUAAAUAUGGAAUCGAGAACUUUACCUCUGUUUCAUGCAAGCCGCCGCCUCCUCCAAAAAUAGAAAGGAAAUUUCCACCUUACAGUGGCUUUGGGUCUGAAGAGGAUUCUCUCCGUUCCUGCCUAUCCCUUAAGCCCAUGCCUUACCAGAAGAAGUUCCCAAAAGAGGACAGCUAUGGCAAUAUAGGCAAUGUACUCCGUUUUUUUGCAAGACUGAUCACAGUCAAUUGUGCUGAUGCAGACAGGAUGUUCGUUAUUUCAUAUUUUCUCAAUGAUGGCACACUUUCGGUGUUUGAACCUAUAGAGAGGAAUUCAGGGCACACUGGUGGAUUGUUCUUAAAAAGAACUCGUGUGAAGAAGUUUGGGCAAGAAGUUUUUAAAAGUGAGCUCUCAGAAUAUAUCAAGGCCGAGGAGCUGUAUGUUGGUGCCAAAGUGAACGUGAACGGCAGCCUAUUUGUUUUGCUCAGUGCUGAUGAGUACACCUUAAACUACAUGGAGAGGAAUGCAGACAAGUUCCCAUUAAGCAAUAUUAAACUCAUCCUACAAAAGCUGAAAGAAGAAGAAUCAAAAUCGAGAGAGAUCAAGCAAAUAUUUGCAGCUGCUGACUGCAACCACACAAAGAUGAUGGAGUUUAAUGCAUUCAGAAACCUGUUGUUGGAUAUAACCUUCAAUAAACUCACAGACCAGGAGAUUUUAACUAUUGCACGCCACUACCGCGUACCUGAGGAUAUGCGUACAGAUGUGAAUCUCUUAAUUGCACAGGCCCAACAAAAGCUCAAGAAAAAUAUGUUUGAGCAUUUUGACAGAGUCAUUUCUAGCUGCGUAUAUGAAGAUCGAGAGAAAAAAAAUGUAUUACCCAAUAGAGACAUCAAAAGACUGUGCAAGUCCUACAGGUUUCCUUUGACUGGUGAUCUUCUAGAAGAAUUAAUGUCCAGGUUUGAAGACAAUGAAGGACAAAUAAAUUAUAAGUCAUUUUUCCAUGUCCUGAACUGGAAAACGAAUCCAGUGUUGGAAUUGCAAUCCUCAAGUUACCUUAAAGAGAAAUGUGAAGAUGUUUGGUUCGGUAUGCCAUCACCUAUUCCUGUGAAAUUCGUUCGAUACUUGGACCUUUUGAUGGAUGCGUAUGGUGUAGAACAGGAGUGAUCAUAACCGUUUUGGCCAACUUUAUUUGAUUCACUGCUCUAAUUUUGCCAAGUUUACUUUAGUAGAUAUAAUUUCAUUAAAAACAAAAAAGAAGGUUGAUAAUGGAGAUCCAUAAACCACAAUUAAUUUUCUUUUGUCACUAGUUUUUCAAAACACCAUAUUGUAUUGCUGAUGUACUGACACUAUUAAAAAUGCCAUUUAAAGAAAA